AUGACUACUGAAUUGCCAAAAGACAAGUUACUACAAAGGCUGCGAUACUUGGACGAAGAAAUCGAAGGAUACUUUGCGUUGAAUCUCGAACAAGCUAAACAACGGUACCGCUUGGUGAAAUAUGGAUCAAAGGUAAACGUGGUUGAUAAGGUUGCGGAGAAACGCAGAAACGUCGAAAAUUGGAGGCACAAGAUUAAAACUAAUUACAGUACAGCCGAAGGCAGGUUCCAAAAAAUCUGGGAUGCAUUGCAAAACAACCCUGAAUUGGACCUAUGCACUGUAACUGACCGACUAGGGAAUACAAGAGCUUUCCAAAUCCAGAAAUUGGGAAUAUCACUAGAAAAUGUCAGUUUGUCCAAACACGAGAUUUCGGCGUUGGGAAGCAAUACCGAGGAAUUCAAGCUCAAACUUCGGCAGAUGAAUUUGACCGAAGAAAGCUACCUGAGCUUUUUAAGAUGGCAAGAAAAUAUAUGUGGAGCAUCCAGCGAGAUAUAUGAGCAAUUGCCAAAAUUGACAUGGAACAACUACAGAUAUCAGUGGGUGGGGAAUGGUUAUCGUGUCACUAUAGCGUCCCGAAAUCUCAACUCGUAUGCUGCAUACUGUAAGUUCUAUUGCAAGCUGGGGACCUGCACAAACCAGAGCUGCAAAUUUCUCCACGAUGCCACAAAAGUGUCCGUGUGCCGAGAUUACCUGACGACAGGAACUUGUAAAUACGGUCAAAGGUGCAGACUUACACACACGGGCGGUAGCGAAUUUGUGUGGCCUCAGUGUCGCAAAUUUGCAGAGCAGAAAUGCGAGUUCCAACUCGGAGCAGAGGCCUCUUUACAUGCGAACGAGACCCGGUGUCUAUUCUUUCAUUCCGAAAACGUCAACCUGCGAUUUCCAACGUGCCGGCAAUUUGCACACAUGGGCUACUGCUACCGUGGAUUGAGCUGUCCGUUCCCUCAUUUCCUGGAAUGCCCAGACUCUACUUACACCCCAGAAUGUUUUUUGAUCCACUGCAAAUAUCCGCAUCGCCAACAAAACCACGAAAUCACCCCCUCAAGCGUACCCUUGACCCAAAUACCUUGUGAAGCGUACCUUCUACCGCCUCUUAGAAAAAGAGAUCCUUUAUUGGCGUCGGGGACCUCUUGGUACGGGUUGCGGCCAGCCACGCAACCUGGCAUGGCCCGGACAAAUGCCUAUAGUGAUAAUGGCAAAAUGAGUGAAAUGACAACAUUAAAUUUACCAGUAAGCUCAUCGGAUGAAGAUGAAUCUACUACCACGUCAUCAGAGUCUCCAGAGUCAAGUUUUUCAGGCGAUGAACUGAAUGCUGAUUUCAUCAAAAUAUAA